AAUAAAAGAGUAAAACGGAGGCUGUCCCUGCUGGGAGUUAGUUGUGUUCAGUAAUUGGGGGUGUAAGUAAUCUAUUUCGCGUUGUGAUAGCGUACAUGGCAAACCCCGAGUUGUUGGAGCCGCUUUCCCCGCAGAAAGUGGGGCGCUCCCCAGCAGUCAAAGCUGGUGGCAUGAGAGUGUCCAAGAAGCUAGAAAAUGCACCUGUUGAAAAAAGUUCCAAAACCCCUGGGAAAGAGAAAACUAGCUCUAUUAAUAAUAUAAAAAUGCAAAGCAUGAGAAUCUUGCUAGCAGAUACACUGGAGAAACUUGGGCAUCAGUUUCCAGCAGCAGCCUCACAAGUAGCACAUCAAAAGCCACAGCCCACUCUGGAGAAGACAGUGCUGCCCAAAAGAACGUGCAUUAUUCAGCAGCCUCGGAAGUGUUAAAAGAUGUAGAGUAAAACAUGCAUAUAUUUGACAGACUUGCUCUUAACAAAACAGCACUUAGCGAAGCAAGUCGUAAAUGAACCAAAUGGCUCUUGCAGUUUCUAUAUGUUUCUUGCAAUAAAAUCUAUAUAUUCUA